AUGACUCAAGCACUCUCAUGUUACUGUAGAAGUGUCCUGAUUACCAAGAAACUCGGAGACUGUGAAAGAUGUGGAAUCAUAUAUGGGUGUAUAGGAAACGUUUUACACCUCCUUGGAAACUACGAUGAAGCGAUUGUCUUCCACUACUGGGUAAGAAAAUUGAAUGAAGCGAAACUAGUGGCAAUUCAUAUGAAUGACGUCCAACGAGAAGAACGAUGUAAGCAGUUCAUCAGACAUAUUUCUGAAAUCGCUUCCGAACGGGAAAUAAUUGAUUGA